CUCGUCACAUUAAAUAUUUUGGCGUAAAUUAAGUUGUGAUUUCGAUUUCCGAUCUAAAAUAAAAUAUCAUCGAUCAUCAUUAUAAUCUUUGGUAUUAUAGAUUAUAUUUUCACGUUCCAGGGUCUAAACAUAUAAGGAAAUCCUCCUUACAUAGAAAAACACUUAACUAGUGAACCAGGAAGUUCCUGACAGAAUGAAAGGAAAGUUACAGCUGAAUUUCCGUCGUGUCGUUUCAUCAUUUUUCUGCUGAAUGUUGUAUGUAGUUUGUUUGGAUAAACUAAACUGUGUGCUAAAAUGUCGGCGUCUGACACACAAAUGUUUUGUGUGUUUUAGUUGUUGUCAUGUAUUCAGAGAGUGUCUGAAGGUCUUAUAGGAAGGACAUGGACUUUAUUUGACAGCUGCGUUGUCGGUUGGAUGUAAGCUGUUCAGAAAUACACUUACCCGAUCAUGUCAUCACCAUCCGCCAGUACGAUGACAGCGAGUACAGUAAAUCACCUCUGGUCCCUGAAUGAUGUUCUGGGUCAGGGGGCAACAGCAAGCGUCUACAAAGCACGAAACAAGAAAACAGGUGAGCUGGUAGCAGUAAAGGUCUUCAAUGUGGUGAGCUACAACAGGCCGUAUGAAGUUCAGAUGAGGGAGUUUGAUGUGCUGCAGAAGCUCAAUCACGUCAACAUUGUUAAACUUUUUGCUGUGGAGGAGAUGCAUAUGAACCCGAAGCAUAAGGUUCUUGUGAUGGAGUACUGCUCAGGUGGCAGCCUGCUAAACCUGCUGGAGGAGCCCGAAAAUGCUUUUGGACUUCCAGAGUCCGAGUUUCUCAUUGUAUUGCAGUGUGUGGUCCAAGGGAUGAACCACUUGCGGGCGAAUGGGGUGAUCCACAGGGACAUCAAACCUGGCAAUAUUAUGAGGCAGGUGGGUGAAGAUGGACGCUCGGUGUACAAGCUCACAGACUUUGGUGCUGCCCGUGAGUUGGAGGAUGAUGAGAAGUUUAUUUCUAUAUAUGGCACAGAGGAAUACCUGCACCCUGACAUGUAUGAACGUGUAGUGAUGAGGGAACCCCAGCAGAAAGCUUAUGGAGUUUCUGUGGAUCUUUGGAGUAUUGGUGUCACCUUUUAUCAUGCCGCGAGUGGCAGCCUUCCCUUUUUACCGUUCGGAGGCCCAAGGAAAAACAAGAAAACUAUGUACAAGAUCACAACAGAAAAGCCUGAGGGAGCCAUAGCAGGUGUACAGAAAGUAGCGGACGGCCCUAUUGAAUGGAGCUACCAUCUGCCACAUUGCUGUCAGCUCUCAGAAGGUUUGAAGACCCAGAUGGCCCCAGUGUUGGCCAGCAUACUGGAGGCCAAUCAGGAGAAGUGCUGGGACUUCGUCCAGUUCUUCACGGCCACCACUGACAUCCUGAACCGCAUCACGGUCCAUAUCUUCUCUCUCCAGCAAGCCACAGCACACAGCAUCUACAUCCAUUUUCACAACACAGUCUCUAUCUUUUUUGAGGACGUUCAGGCUCAGACUGGGAUAGAACCUGCGGUUCAGCAGUAUCUGUUUCAGGGUCAUCCUCUUAUAUUGGAGCCAAGCAUGAAAGUAGUCAACCUCCCUCCCACCAGUCCAGAUCGACCUAUUAUUCUGAUCAGCCGAAGGCCAGAGAAACUAGUUGGACUCCCAUACAGAGAGCCUGAAGCCCUAGUUAUGCCCGCCAAAUUUGAUCUCAUGACAGAUUACACUUUCACAAAGGCCAUUGUUAGGGUCAUCCAUCAGUACCUGCGAAUCGCUCGAUCUAUGCAGAAGUACAGAGAGUUGAUCCUGCAGGGAUUAUAUAGCUACGUUGAAACCACGGGCUUAGAAACCAGUAAUGUAGCACACAGGAUUGCCAUGGUGAAUAUGAAGCUCAUGUCCUGCGUCGGCACAGAGGAGAACCUCCAUAAAUUCACUCACAAGUUUGCACAUGAGUUUCCAGACUUGACAGACAAGAAGAAGCUGACCCUGAUUGAAGAGGACCUGCAGAGGAUGUACGCCAGUGGAAUUAAAGAGUUUCAGACCCAGUUACAACAUCUGCAUGUCAUGCUGUCUAAACAUUCAGAGACACUGGCUCAAGACAAGAGCAUCCAGAAGUUGGAAGUUCUGUUGGGGAAAAUUACUGCAGUUCACGAGCAGUACUGCAGAGACAGAGCGGCAGGAAAGCUCAGCUAUAAUGACGAACAAAUCCACAAGUUUGAAAAGCUCAAUUUGGCAUCUUAUAUAAAGAAAGUGAAGGCGUUGUUCAAGGACGACUGUGUGCAGAAAUAUCAGGAUGUUCUCGUGGCUGCUGGGAGCUGCAACAGAGUGCUGCAAGAGAUCCAGUCAAGUCUGGAGCACUUUAGUGGCAUCCUACGACAGCGGAUGGGAGAUGUGCAUGUGUGUGAAGCCCAGCAGAACAAGGUGCUGGAAAGUGCUGUGCUUAAAGCUCUUCACCAGCCAGUAGGAGCUGAGGGCAUCGAAGGAUCAAAAAAAGAGGACCACAUGAUUCUCAGAAUGAACAGAUUGAAAGACGAGAUGGAGGCUGUGGCACGAGAGCUACAGAAUAACAACAACAUCAUAGAAAAACUUGGGGUGAAUACCCCGAAACUGCCAGUGGAGAAACAAAUACCUCAACCUAACCGGAUGUGAAGAUCUCAAAAGACACCACAAUAAAAGGGAAAACAUAAAGAGAAACUGAAACAAUUAAUAGAGCACAAAAAGAUAUCUCAAAACAAAACUCUGUUUACACUUGACAUACUUUUGUCUAUGUUUAUAGCAAAAACAUUUUAAUGUUUUUAUUUUUAUUUUUUUUAUAUAACAGUGAACAAUAAUCAAAACUGUACAGACCCAGGGUUCACAUGGACAAGAAAAAUGUGUGGGGGUUUUAGCUGCCAGCGCACUUCUUAAAGAGACACUCCACUUUUAAAAAAAAUGUAUUCAAAAUAUGCUCCCCUAAAGUUAAACACAUUUGAUUCUUACCGUUUUGGAAUCCAUUCAGCUGAUCUCCGGGUCUGGCGCUACCACUUUUAGCAUAGCUUAGCACAAUAGUUCCUAGCCAUAUCUGCUUAGAAAAUCGCAACUUUAAAUUUUCCGUCGGUCUUACCGUGUGUUCAACACCAGCUGCGUUUGAGGCGUCAAAUUUGCGUCUAGUUUGCCGCUUGAACAUUUUCAGUUUACUUGCUUCAUUUGCACAUGAAAUUCUAAUCAUCGAGACAUUCACACGUAAAUUUGUGUCAUAGGAGGGGCUUCUGCGACUCCGCUCGCAUCCUGUAAUCACGUCACUACUAGAGCAAGCUAGUGAUUGGUUAAUGCAGUGCUUUUUUCUGCCAAAGUUCAAUUUUUUCAACUCGCGCGUUUGCCGCGGCAACGCUCAAUUCGCGCGUCUAGGCGGAAUCAGCUCGUGAUUGGUUAACGCAGUGCGUUUUCGCCAAAGUUCAAUUUUUUCAACUUUUCAACAUUUUGAGUUUACUCGCUUCAUUCGAGCAUGAAAUUCUAGUCAUCGAGACAUUCACACGUAAAUUUGCGUCAUGGGAGGGGCAUCUGCGACUCCGUUGCAUCCUGUAAUCACGUCACUACUAGAGCAAGCUCGUGAUUGGUUAACGCAGUGCGUUUUUCUGCCAAAGUUAAAUUUUUUUAACUCCCGCAUUUGCCGCGGCAACGCUCAAUUCGCGCAAAUGAGGCUGAAUCAGCUCGUGAUUGGUUAACGCAGUGCGUUUUCCGCCAAAGUUAAAUUUUUUCAACUUGUGCGUUUGCCGCGGCAACGCUCAAUUACGCGUCAUCACAUUGACUUAAAAUUGAAAUCACUCGUGCUUGUCGCCUCUACCACGGCUGGUGUGAACGCAGCAUUGGUACACGAUGUAACUACAGAAGAGUCAAGUUUUAAAUAUGAAGAAUAUCAAAACUCUUUGGUUAUUUUUAAGCGCGAUGCUAAUGGUCUAAUCAGAUUCAAUGGAUUAUGCUAAGAUGUGCUAAAAGUAGUUUCUGGAAAAUGAGCAUAUUUUAAAAAAAAGUGAAGUGUCCCUUUAAGGGAACAAUUCACAUUAGUGACACUAUUACAUGUAGUUAAAAUUGUGAUUCACAAUAAUACAUUGCCGUUAAAAGCCAAUAAGAAAACCUCAACAGUUCCAAAAAGUUUAAUUUAAAGUUACGACAGAUCAAUACUCCUACCGCAGCAGUUCUACUGUGUGACCUAGAGAUCCUUUUGCUUGGGUAUUGAUGGCAUUGUGCAUUCAGCCGACAAUAAUGUUGUAAUUAUUGCAGAGCCAUGAAAUAAAGGGCUGUUAAAUCUU